AUGUUUGGCUCACUGUACUCGUUCGCAAGGGCGGACACCACGCUGGGAAGUGCCUUCCUCUGGAAGUAUGAGGGCGAGCUUCCGCCUCUGCAGAUGCACCCCGCCCUGAGUCGCAGUCAGUGCAAGACGGUGCGACGCGCCGAUGCUGAACGGCGGCGGCGGGCGGCUGCAGCUGGUGGCGGCGGCGCACAAGGAGCCGGCGGCGGCGCUGCUGGGCCCGGUGCCGCCCCCACAGCCGCCCCCGCCCCCGCCCCCGCAGGCGGACAGGAGGCUCGAGUGGCGACGGCUGCGCGCGGAGCUGCUGGUGGCGGCCGCCUGCUUCCUGCUCACCGUCGUCAACGGCUUCCCCAUCGGCUUCUCGGCCGUGCUGCUGCCUCAGUUGCGCUCCAACUCCUCCUCGCUGCCCACCUCAGACGACAUGUGCUCCUGGAUAGCGAGCAUCCACUCCGCGGUGACGCCGCUGGGCGCGCUGUCCUCCAGCUGGUUCUCGGAGCGGCUGGGCCGGCGCGCCACGCUGCAGCUGACGGUGCUGCCCAACGUGCUGGGCUGGCUGCUGCUCGCCCUCGCCAGGGACCACGCCGUGCUGCUCGCCGGACGCGCCGUCUGCGGGUUCGCCGUCGGGCUCGCCGUGCCGCCCACGCAGGUGUACCUGGGCGAGACGUCGGAGCCGCGCGUGCGCGGCAUGCUGGCGGGGUCGCCGAUGGUGAGCUACUCGCUGGCGAUCCUGGUGGUGUACACGCUGGGCAGCUGGCUGGAGUGGCACACGGUGGCCUGGAUCAACACGGCGCUGCCGCUGGCCGCGCUCGCCGCCGUCUCGCUGGUGCCCGAGAGCCCCGUCUGGCUGGCGCGAAACGGCCGCCUCGAGCAAGCCCGGCGCGCCCUCACCUGGCUGCGCGGAGGCCGCUACGCAGACCCCCACGAGGUGGAGGGGGAGCUGCAGGAGAUGGUGUCGCGCAUGCACGCCGAGCAGGCGUCGCUGGCGGCGGAGGCGCGCUCGGGCAAGGCGCGGCCGUCGCUGCUGCAGACGUUCCUGCAGCCGCGCGUCUACCGGCCGGUGCUGAUCGUCAACCUGGUGAACAUGACGCAGAUCUUCUCGGGCACGUUCAUGCUCAUCUUCUACUCGGUGGACCUGAUCCGCGAGGCGGACGAGACGGGCGAGGUGGGCGUGGGCGGCGAGUUCGGCGCGGCGGUGCUGACGGCGGCGGUGCGGCUGGCCGUGGCGGUGCUGGCGUGCGCGCUGCUGCUGUGGCUGGGCCGCCGCCCCAUGGCCGUGGCCCCGGCGAGGCGCCCGCGCUCGUCGCCUGCCUGCUGCUCUACAUCGCCGCCAACACGGCCGGCUUCUUCGUGCUGCCCAUCGUCGCCACGGGCGAGCUGCUGCCGGCGCGCGUGCGCGGCAUCGCCGGCGGCUACAUCUACUUCUUCUUCAACCUCGUGCUGUUUGCCGUCGCCAAGCUCUUCCCGCUGGCCGUGCGCGCCGUCGGCGUCUCCGGCGUCUUCUGGGCCUUCGGCGCCUUCUCGCUGCUCGGCACCGUCCUCAUGUACCUCGCCGUGCCCGAGACCAAGGGCCGCACGCUCAACCAAGUGGAGGACUACUUCGACGGCGAGAACGCGCUCUGGGUGACCAGGAGGAAGGGCGCCGAGUUCUCCGAUCGCCGGGCCGCCUACAAAGUCUGAGGGCUUACGAAAACUGUGCGGUGAAGCAACGGAACUAGCAGACACGUGCAGUGAUCGCCGUGGAGCAGCGCAAACAGAAAUCCAGUGGAGAAACAUUCCGAAUGACAAAAUUACCGAGCCCUUCGAGACCAGUUGUGUUCCACCUCUGGAUUUCUGGCCGACGUCUGUUCUACGACUUUCCUGACUGGGCGUUCGAUCCCAGUCCACUGGAGGCAAUCGAAGGUGAACCUUUGACAAUGCCAGCCACUCGUGCUGGUGAAAGAAAAAUCUUUUGAGCUGAUGGAACUGCAUUUUCCUGGCGACAUAUGAGUCUCAACUUUAUCUUCGAUGAGGAUAGAAUCUGAAGUAAUGAAUUAAAAUGUGUGCCAACGCCGUACCGUGAUCCCAGAUUUCCUGCUUACUACGCAGUUGUGCUAACCAAUACACCACCUUGCCAUUAUGCGUACCACAGCUACAUGCACAAGCAUAGUCCAAUACCCGCCUUACACAAACUUCAAUUCAAGGCUUCAGCACAUUUUCCCCUUCAUAAAUCGCCAGAAUUGCCGAGGUUCAGCGAUACUGAAAUAGCACUUUUGUGUCUUCCUGGAGUGGCAGACAUAAGUUGGAGUUGAUUACGUAGGCUUUCCCGGCGCACUAAGUCUUGAAAGUCUCUUAGCUGCCGGAUCGUGGAAUCAACUUGACUCGAUAUUUUGGCGAUCCAACUGGUCGCCAUCUUUAGGAAAAUGCUCCUUCUACUCAUGAGUCCCGCUGAGAACUGACGCCAGGUUGCAAACCGACGUCCUAUAUAGGCCACCGUUUAGUACACGACGCAUUUUCCGCCCAUCACGGUUCCUGCCGUCCAAGACAGGGAGGUGGCGCCGCCCGUAAUGAAACACUGCUGGCAACGAUAUAUCACAAUCAAGGCCGCACCGAAGAACGUUCAGUUUUGAUGCGAGAUAA